UGGCGUAGGGUUUCUGACUAUUGAAAGGGCACCUUUUUCUGUUUCGCUUACUGAACCUCCCGAAAGUCGAAAGGUUGUUUUUAUCGCUCCUGUAAAUUUUUGUUUUGCCAGCCUUGGCAUUUCUUCUAUACCUGGCGUCCGUAACCCAAUUUUUGCCAGCAUGCAAGAUGGCUAUCCCUUCUUCGGAGGAAUCACUGCACGUUGCGAGAUCUGUCCGCCCUCUGUUCCUCUUUUGUAGCGGAAGGGGACCAUCUGGUCAACUCUAUGAUCCCUCGUCCUUCCCGGUAUGAAUACGGAAGUAACCUUCCCGCCCAGACCCCAUUCAAACCACUGCUUUCGUGCUGGUUCCUGGUCCUACUGUUUCUGCUGCCGUCUUCAACUAGGGAUCUUGUCCAUUGGCUUGGCAGCUGCAUACUACAGUGGAGAUAAUCUAGGCUGGAAAUUCUUCUAUGUCACUGGGUGUCUCUUUGUGGCGGUGCAGAACUUAGAGGACUGGGAGGAAGCCCUGUUUGACAAGACUACUGGGAAAGUAAUUCUGAAAACUUUCAACCUCUAUAAGAAAAUACUGACGGCUUCUAGAGCAUGGCAUGAACAAGUGGUAGUUGGACUGAAUGAUAUUCAGGAUGUGAAUGUCAUAGAGGAGAAAGUUCGCUAUUUUGGGAAGGGCUAUACAGUAGUACUUCGGUUUGCAACAGGCUUUUCCCAUCCUCUUACCCAGAGUGCAGUGAUGGGUCAUCGGAGUGAUGUGGAAGUAAUUGCCAAGCUUAUCACCAACUUUCUGGAGCUGCACCAGCCAGAGAGCCCCAAAGACUUGUCCCAGAGCAGUGACACUGAGGCCAGUGAUGUGGAUGACCCCAGACAUCAGAACUAAGUUUGACAGGGUGGACUGAGCUACUGAGUCUGGCUGCCCUAUUCUUCCUGCAGCUUUUGAUACUUCCUUCUUUCUUUCCUUCCCCCAGGGCAGCCUGCUUGGUUGUAUUUGCUUUUCACAUUGACGUGGCUUGCAGAGGGGUCUGUAUUUUGUUUCUGCUUCUCUGAGAAAGCUCCCAGCUCACCAGAUUGGACCUUAAACUGUGGCCAUUUGUUAAGUUGCCCCUUGUUGUGUAGAGUCUUAGAACUUAAAGGGAUCUUAGAGACUAUCCAACCCUGUCAUUUCACAGAAGAGGAACCUGAGGCUGAGAGAGGAGAAGUGACUUUCCUAAGGUCAGCACAGCUUAAUUAAUGGAAGAGCUGGGACAUGAUAUAACUUCCUUGUCCUUUCCACUAUACCAUGUUGCCUUACACCAUUCUCUUAGGAAUGGUCAGUUUUCCUCAUCAAGUGUACCUGGAGAGGUCUGGGCAAGAAGGAUCUUUUGAAAUUUAGCUUCAGAGAUGAGAAGGAUGAAGAAAUACAAAACGAAGGAAGGACUUGAGAGGAAUGACAUUCGGGGAGGAAUGUGAAUGUCAGCCAAUCGGAGUUAUUUCUGCCAAGCAGGAAUGCCUACCCUGGUGUCCAUGAACCCAUGGAUACAUUUCACAGGAUAUUUGAACUUAGAUGGGGAAGGAAAAAAAAAAUUAUAUAUCUAUUUUCACUACCCUCUAACUGAAAUUUGGCAUUUCUUUCAAGUAUGAAUGAAAAAACCCCAGCAGUAUUCUAAGAAGGGAGUUCUUACUGGCAUAUUUCACUAUACUGUCAAUGAAGUUCAUGAUACAAAAAUGCUUAAGAAUUGGUCUAGAAGCAUUUGAAUGUACUUAAAAUCACAUUUACAAAAAUUGCUGCCUCAUUAUGGGACCAAGUGAGGUAGUUGGUAACUUUGGUUGUCAAAUAUUUAAUUGCUUCCAUGAAAUUUUAGGGAGUUGACAGCACUAGCCCUUCAGAGAGGGGCUUUAAGGAAGUGCUUGUGUGGCCAUUGCUGAUUGGAGAUUCUGUUCUUUGUGUACCUUUUAAAUGUUUUCUCUCUGGAAAUCAUUAGGAAGUGAAGCCGUAUCCCAGUCUCCUUAAUGUUUCUCUCCAACUGGAGAGCACAGCUAUACAAGUGCUUAAAUUAAAGGGCCUUAUGAGAGGCCCAUCCCACUUUAUAUUAACCAUAGAUAACGAAGCUCUGCAAAUGAACUGAAUAGGCCAACAGAGAAAUGAGAUCUCUUUAUACCUCCAGCUCAGGUCCCACCUCAUCAAAGAGGCUGAAGUGAGGUUUGGGUGGGUAUGUGUAGCAGCAGAGUGUAUCUAACUGUAGAACUAGGUAUGUUUUGAGGAUUAUGAGUAAACUAGGAAGUUUUCCGGAGAUCUCAAGGUGUUUUCCUAUCUCCUUCAUAUUCUGAAGAGUAGCUGCCCUUUUCUAACCAGCCUGUCUUUCUUUGCUGUCUAUGGUGAACCAAAGAAACAGAGUGUAAACUGGAGCUUGCAGAACAUCUUGUGAGGGGCCUCCUUAGUGCCUCCAGUUUCAGUUUAUUAUAAAUAGGCCUCACAGAUAGAUUAUUGUGUAGAAUCCUUCCUGUUAGAUGUGUGCUCAACGGGGAGACACUGGCUGCUGGUUGCAUGUUUAAGUAUAUUCAAGAGGUCUCAGGCUUCAUUUUGAGAAUGGUUUUUUUUUGCCCACUGUAAAAUCUGAAGUCAGAUUUAAAGUGCCCUUUCUUCACUUUUUGGGCUUCCAAACUACAGGGCUUAUGAAAUGAGUUUUCAGCUAAAGAAAUACUACUGUCAGUCCAGAGGAGAAGCCAUUUAAUGACAGAGAAGUUGUUCUUUGUUAAUUCAUGUCAGAUUCUAGAGAUUCAUUCCCAAGUUACCUUUCUUUUCACCUUCACUAUUUCUAAUAAGCUUUUUUUUUUUUUUUAAGUGAGGCAAUUGGGAGUGACUUGCCCAGGGUCACAGAGCUAGUAAGUGUUAAGUGUCUGAGGUGGGAUUUGAACUCAGGUCCUCCUGACUCCAGGGCCGGUGCUCUAUCCACUGCGCCACCUAGCUGCCCCUCUAAUAAGCUAUUUGAGGAAAUGUAUAUGUGGGAUAGAACUGUUUGACCAGCCCAGAAGAACUAGAUGAACUAGAUACCAGGAGACUGGCGGCUUCUGGGAAUAGAUUUUUUUUUUUGGUGGGGCAAUGAGGGUUUAGUGACUUGCCCAGGGUCAUACAGCUAGUAAGUAUUAAGUGUCUGAGGUCAGAUUUGAACUCAGGUCCUCCUGAAUCCAGGGCUGGUGCUUUCUCCACUGUGCCACCUAGAUGCCCCCGGGGAAUAGAAUUUGAAAAUUCAUUCCUUGAACUGGCAUAAACUCAGGCCACGCUCACUGAGACCCAGCCUGUUUUCUUGCAUGUUGUGAUGUAUUAAGGCCAUGUUUCCUCUGACUUGGUUUGGAAGAAUUGGUGCAUCUGCCUGGAAGCUACUUUGUUUGGCUCAGUGCUACAUUUUUUUCUUCAGAAAAGGGUUGUGUGUUUCUGUAUCAGGACAGAUUGAUCCAGGACAGUCUAAGUCCUAUGUAACAUAAACUGACUUCAUGGUUUACAUAGCAUGGAUACCUUUUGUAAUUUUCCUUUGGCUAAUUCUCUUGAGAAAGGAGUAUUUCAGCUCAUGGGAAUCUCUUUUCCUGUAUUCUCCCUCUGGAAGAGUAAUGUAGGCUCAGUUUUGGCCUACAAAGAUGUGAACUUAAAGAACUUUGGUAAUCUGUUCCCCUUUCUAAUUUCAGCAUCUUCAUUCCCCUUUGACUCAAUGGCUAGAUGUCUGGCUCCCACAGAAAACAGGUGUGGGGAGGAGUCUUAGAAGUCAUCAAACUUUAUGAGAACUUUGAAGACCUGGUAGGAUGUUGUUUUAACAUACUGAUUGGGCUUUAGUUUCCUUUCUAUCCCUGCCCCAGUAGUUUCAGCAUUGCUUUAUGUUUGAGGAUUAGAACUUUGCCAGCCACCAUGUCUUAACAAUCAGCUGCUAAAUUGAAACCUCACUACGUGGGUGAGGCUCACUGCCCAUUUCAUAGUAGAUAGUAGAUAUUCAUAGUAGAUUCCAUAAUAUGUGGCAGGGAUUAGCCUCUAGGACUGAAGAAAAUUCACUGUGCAUGCUAGAUACUUAACUCAUUACUGCAUGUGAGAUGAAGCACCUCUUAUUCUCCUAAAGUGAAAGAUGGAUUGCAUAUAUUGAAGGUUGAGUUUGAAUGGAUUCAUCACAAAUCUAUGUAGUCAUAUAAAGAGGUCAUUACUUGUGUGAGAGCUGUUCUACUCUGUGGCCACAAUGAAACAGCUAUUUUAUAUACACUUCCUGGUCAUAAGGUACAAUGAGAGCAUGCAUAUAAGGGCACAGCCAAUUAUUAGUGAAGUGGCUAAAGCUGAAGUGAAUUAAUUAGUCUUUUAAUAAUUGGAUAGCAACUUACAUUUUACUAAUCAAGACAAGUAAGUGAAAUCCAGAAAAUAUUUUGAAAGCUUCUUUUUAGUCAUUUAACUCACAACAGUUUGCCUUUUUGCUUACGGCGGCCUGUGCAUACCUAUGUCAAAUGGCUCUUCUCCAGUUGCUUUUAAGCCCACUUGGUAAUUGACAAUGGCAGGGUAGAUAGUAAAAAGAAAGGCAAAGAACUUUUUUUUAUCCAUAAGCUGGAUAAUUAGUUCUCAAAUAAUUGAGGUUUGACAGUUACUUUCUUCUUACCUGAAUCCCUUGUUCAGAUAAAUCCCAUGGGCUCUGCCAUUGUAGAUAUCUUGGUGAACUGGGUCCUGACAUUGACUCUGUGAAUUAAUUAUUCAUUGAUUUACCUAGGACACACACAGAACUGUGGUGGUUCACCUCUGUCCCUGAAGUUCUUAUAGACCUUUUUUUUCUUGUCUAGUGCUGAAGGCUGAUGGUUAUUUUGGGGGGUUUUACAAGAAUACAUUUCCUGAAUAAUUUUCUUUUUUUUUUUUCCUGAAUAAUUUUCAAAUUUCCCUAUAAACAUAUUUCUUAAGGCAUAUGGAAAAGUCAGGAAUUACCUUAUACAUCCUCAGGAUUCCCUGCCCCGGGGCUCUUCCCUUCCUCUGAUUGGAGAGAGUGGGAUGUGGACUUCUGGGAGCUCUGCCUAGAUCCUCUACCUUUUAAGGAUUGAACUCAGGACAUUUUCCUCAUUUCCCACCCAGCUGCUUUCCUGGACUUCAUCCACUCCAGAAACUCAUUCAGCAAGAUGAAAUCAACCCAGAAACUUAUACCUUCUCAGAUCAUUUCCCUUCCCAGCUGCAUGAUAUUAUUGUGCCAGGUUAUUCCCUCCUUCCACCUUCUGCUUUUUAUGUGUGAUCCUCCCCCAUUAGACUGUGAGCUCCUUGAGGGCAGGGACAGUCAUGCCUUUUUUUUUGUAUCCUUAGUGCUUAGCACAAUGCCUGGUGCAUAAUAAAUGUGCUUAAUAAAUGUUUAUUGACUGACUUUGAAUUAUGCUUUUCAACAAUAUCAUGACAUUUCUGUAUGA